AUUUCAGGCAAUCAGAAUUUCAGCUGGACAGAAAGACUGACAGGAUGGAGAAAUCAAUGAUUCUGUUUUCUGUGCUGCUCCUGGGGUGGACCUGGACCUUCCAGGGCGUCCCUGCUGACGAACAGGUGGAGGGUACUGAGAGUACGACCACAGACGAGGAGGGUCCCACUGUUAAUGCAACUCUGCGCGAAGCAGCUGUGUUCAACGCAACAGAGGACUGUCAAAAAGCACCAGAAUCAGGUCCAUGUUUGGCGUACAUUCCACGUUUGUUCUACAACUCCACCUCAAAGAGAUGCGAGGAAUUUAUCUAUGGAGGGUGUAGGGGAAACCUGAACAACUUUAUUAGUGUGUCUGUGUGUUUGGAGACUUGUCACCGUGCAGGUGAGGAGUACAAACCUCAUUGGCUAUAUUUCAGGCAAUCAGAAUUUCAGCUGGACAGAAAGACUGACAGGAUGGAGAAAUCAAUGAUUCUGUUUUCUGUGCUGCUCCUGGGGUGGACCUGGACCUUCCAGGGCGUCCCUGCUGACGAACAGGUGGAGGGUACUGAGAGUACGACCACAGACGAGGAGGGUCCCACUGUUAAUGCAACUCUGCGCGAAGCAGCUGUGUUCAACGCAACAGAGGACUGUCAAAAAGCACCAGAAACAGGUCCAUGUAAGGCGUACAUUCCACGUUUCUUCUACAACUCCACCUCAAUGAGAUGUGAGGAAUUUACCUAUGGAGGGUGUAUGGGAAACCUGAACAACUUUGCAGAUGUGUCUGUGUGUUUGGAGAAAUGUCACCAUGCAGAGGAAAAAGAAGAAGAAGAAGAAGAAGAAGAGAACCCAACAGCACAGAGUUUGGACUCCUGAAGUUUUGUUUUUGGAGAAGCAGCAGAAUCUGUUUCCUGAUGGCUACUAAUGAAAUGAAGAGGCAUCUGAAGUAACCCAAAAACAUGAACCAUAUGGAGCACAUCAUGCAGAAUACAAAUAAAGCAAUGCAUUACUAUUUUUGACUUUUAUCUGACAUUUGGGGAAGAUUGAUGUGGUCGACAGACUUCCUGGAGUCCAAAAAUAACACUGAAUUAAUCAAUAACAAAGACUGAGAAAACCAAAACACUGAAAUGAAAUUAAUGUAAAUUCAUUUACAUUAUCUCAAAUGCAUUUCUUAUAAAUUAAAUCAUUUAAAAUUAUGAAAUCUGAAAUAAAUUUCUUUAUUUUAACACAUUUGUUGGAAGUGUCUCAUGCAUUUACAAUGUUUAUAAUAAACAGUUUGAUAUGUGGCAAAAA